AGACCCACACCAUCAUAGAGUACUACUGUAAACUGCUGGAGGAAGAAGGGGCUCCACAUAUGAGAUCAGUCCUCUGUAUAGGAGGCAUGUCUGUCAAAGACCAGAUGGAGGUGGUCAAACAUGGUGUCCACAUGAUGGUGGCGACCCCCGGCCGUCUGAUGGACCUGUUGCAGAAGAAGAUGAUCAGUCUGGAUAUCUGUCGUUAUCUGGCUCUAGACGAGGCUGACAGAAUGAUAGACAUGGGCUUCGAAGAAGAUAUCAGAACUAUCUUCUCCUACUUUAAGGGCCAGAGACAAACUCUUCUGUUUAGUGCCACCAUGCCCAAGAAGAUCCAGAACUUUGCCAAGAGUGCCCUGGUCAAACCCAUCACCAUCAACGUGGGCCGGGCCGGCGCUGCCAGCUUGGAUGUCAUUCAGGAAGUGGAGUAUGUGAAGGAGGAGGCUAAAAUGGUGUACCUGCUGGAGUGUCUACAGAAGACCCCUCCUCCGGUGUUGAUGUUUGCUGAGAAGAAAGCAGACGUGGACGCCAUUCAUGAAUAUCUCCUGCUAAAAGGAGUGGAGGCUGUGGCUAUCCACGGAGGAAAAGACCAGGAGGAGCGUACCAAAGCCAUCGAGGCCUUUAAGGAAGGGAAGAAGGAUGUGUUGGUAGCUACCGAUGUGGCGUCUAAAGGUCUGGACUUCCCUGCUAUACAGCACGUGGUCAACUAUGAUAUGCCAGAGGAGAUAGAGAACUAUGUCCACAGGAUUGGUAGAACCGGUCGAUCAGGGAAGACUGGGAUCGCCACCACUUUCAUCAACAAAGGCUGUGAUGAGUCCGUGCUGAUGGAUCUGAAGGCCCUGCUGAUAGAGGCCAAGCAGAAGGUUCCUCCUGUUCUUCAGGUCCUACAGACAGGAGACGAGACCAUGCUGGAUAUCGGAGGAGAGAGAGGCUGUACGUUCUGUGGUGGUCUGGGUCAUCGUAUCACAGACUGUCCCAAACUGGAGGCCAUGCAGACCAAACAGGUCACCAAUAUCGGACGCAAAGACUACCUGGCGCACAGCUCCAUGGACUUCUGAGUUUACGUCACGGAAUACUCAAAAUACUGUCACCUACUUUGAUGCUGUGCCUGGUUUGUUUUGCCAGGUACAAUGGGGACCAAUUGGGAUUGUUCCCAAAAGGAUUGUUCCAAGUGCACGUCAAAUAGUAUUUGAGAUAGGAUUUUGGCCCAGCUGGUCCGCUUGAUAUACAUGGCUCUGUGAGACGGACAUGUUUGGGAUGCCCUUGCUUCUCUGAGCAUUCGUGGAAUAGAGGAAGUAACAUGUAUUUUUUAUUGUUGCCCAACAUUGUCCCCGGGGGCUGAUAAGAUAAAGACAGAAUCGCUCUGUAUGUAUAAAAGGUUGAACUAUUUCUCUUAUCUGUUUUAUUAUUUUCUGUUUUGUAUUAAAAAAUUUAAUCAAAUUUCACUGCAACGUUAAUAAAUCAAUUUUACGAACCACA